GCGCCUGAGGGGAGGUUCCUGUGAGGUGGCUCUCGGCUCCUCCUCAGGUUUCCUCUCUCCGCCCGUCGGCUGCCGGCUGUGGUGCCGCCUCCUUGGCGCUCUUCCUCCCCGUUUCCCUCCCACCUUCCUUCCCUGGCGGUGUCUGGGCCCACUCCGCGGCCUCUGCUCGUCUCCGCUCGCCUUUUCUCUUCGUUUCUCCUCGAACUCGGCGAGGAGUUCGCGGCCGCGGGACGCCGGGGAAGAUGGCGGCGGCGGUAGGAGACGACGGCGGCGAAGGGGGCCCGGGCCUAAGCGCUCCAGAGCCGGGGCUGGAGCCCGGACCAGAGUUGGGACCGGGGCCGGAAUCAGGGCCCGAGGCGGGGCCAGAGUCGGGGUCGAAACCCGAGUUCGACGCUGGCCCAGAGUCGGGGCCGAAACCCAGGCCCGAAGCAGGCCCGGAGUCGGGGUCGGAGUCGGAACCAGAGCCCGUAGCGGAGCCGGGGCCUAAUCAGGGGCCUGAGUCAGGGCCGGAGCCGGGAGCGGAAUCGGCGCCGGAGCCAAAGUCUGGGCAGGAGCCGGGGCCCCAGGAGCCAGGCAGCCCGGCCGAGGCGCUCGAGGGCGGCCGGAACCCCUCGCCCGCCGCCCUGCCCCCCGAGGAGAUCGCCGCGCGGCUGCAGCGGAUGCGGCGGGAGCUGACCAACCGCAGGAAAAUCCUGGUGAGAAAUCUGCCCCAGGACUGCAGCUGCCAGGAAAUUCAUGAUUUGUUGAAAGACUUUGAGUUAAAAUACUGUUAUGUGGACAGAAAUAAACGAACAGCUUUUGUUACCUUAUUGAAUGGGGAGCAAGCCCAGAAGGCAAUUCAGAUGUUUCAUCAGUAUUCUUUUCGUGGGAAAGACUUGAUAGUCCAGCUCCAGCCAACGGAUGCUUUGCUUUGUAUUACCAACUUGCCCAUUUCUUUUACAUUAGAAGAGUUUGAAGAACUUGUUCGUGGUUAUGGAAAUGUUGAAAGAUGUUUUCUGAUCUACAGUGAGGUUACUGGCCAUUCCAAAGGCUAUGGAUUUGUGGAAUACAUGAAAAAAGACUUUGCUGCAAAGGCUCGAUUGGAUCUGUUGGGGAAACAAUUAGGAGAAUCAGCACUCUUUGCACAAUGGAUGGAUGUUAAUCUGUUGGCCUCAGAGCUCAUUCAUUCUAAGUGCCUUUGUGUAGAUAAACUCCCUACUGACUGCACGGAUUCAGAAGAGCUAUUGCAAUAUUUUUCCAGUGUCCAUAAACCUGUGUUUUGCCAGCUUGCACAGGAUGAAGGUAGUUACGUUGGUGACUUUGCAGUGGUUGAAUAUAGCACAGCAGAGCAUGCUGAGGAGGUUCAGCAAGCAGCACAUGGUAUGACCAUCAAGGGAAGCAAAGUCCACGUUUCCUUCUGUGCCCCAGGAGCUCCAGGACGAAGUACAUUAGCAGCACUGAUAGUAGCUCAACAUGUGAUGCACAGUAAUCAAAAGGGCUUACUUCCAGAGCCAAAUCCAGAACAAAUUAUGAAAAGUUUGAAUAACCCUGCCAUGUUGCAAGUUCUGCUACAACCCCAACUUUGUGGACGAGGUGUUAAACCUGGUCACAAUUUGCCACCCAUGAUAAAUCCAUCUGUCUCCUCUGCACUGUUACAAUUAAAUAAAGCACAUCAGAAACCUGGUUUACUUGGAGAAGCCCCACCUAUGGUGCUUCAAACAGCAUUAGGGAGGGGGUCAUCACGUCCGAUGAAAACAGAAUUGGGACACCCUGGAGAAGCACAUAAAGGUAGAAUGGGCAUGCUACCAUCCUUUCCAAAUCAACACAUUGGUGGGCAUCCAGGACCUGGGCACGGUAAUACUCAAGAGAAACAGUCAGUUGCAGAAGGAAAUUUCCCUGGGUCUCAGGGCUAUCCAAAUCCGGCUGCAGGAGGCCUGCUGACAGGACACCAAAAACAUCAGCAAAGCCAGACACAAGGCACAGAGAUAAAUUCAGAGGCUACAUCUAAAAAUCAGACUUCACUCCUGGGAGAACCACCAAAAGAAAUCCGGCUCAGUAAAAAUCCAUAUUUGAAUUUGGCAAGUGUGUUGCCCAGUGUAUGCUUAUCUUCUCUUGCAAAUAAAACCAGUUUACAUAAGCCUGGAAUUGGAGGCAACUUUCUGGAUGCAUUCUCUCACAGAGGUGAAUCACAACAUCCAUUGGAAAAGUGUGUUUCUUAUUCUCCACCUUAUGGUGAUUAUGGACAUGCACCCCCUUUAAGAAAAGAAAAACGAGGCUCAUCUUAUCUCAUCUCUGCCCCAGAAGGUAGUCCAGGGGAAUUCGGUCACCAUCAUCGUCGGGGCUCAAGAGCAUAUUACAUGGAAACCUAUUUUAAAAAAAAGCGAGUGUACUGAGUUAAGCUCUCUCCUUACAACCUCUUAAGGUUCUUGCAGUAUCUUUGUUGUUCAUCGCUGCCUUAACCUCAUUCAGACUAGCCAUAUCCUUUAAAUACGGGUUUAUGAUUUCCCAGAAGUAACUGUGUUGUGCAGCAGGCAGAAUUGCCAAAUUGAAAAAAAAAAAAAGUUUAAGUAGCAAUAAAAUAUCAAUUGAGGCCGUUUUCCACUAAAAUUAGGCACAUCUUAGUGUGAAAGUAACCUGCAACCCAUUGGAGAAAGUGUUCCGAUAUUUCAUGUUUUAGAACUGAGAAUAAUUUUAAUAUCAUAUAUUAAAGUCUGAAGCAAUAAAUGGGAAAAGUCUUAUUUCUUGAACCUUUAAACUGAGUUUCUUACUAGCCAAUGUGCAUUUCAAUUUACUUGCCCUGUAAGUCAUUUAAAGAUUUUUAAAAGAUUUUCCUAGAAUUACAUGGGUGCAAGUACCAGAUUUGGUGAUGGUAAUGUUGUAAAGAUGCUCCGGAUGUACUCAGUUACACUAAGAGUCCCUUCAUCCAGCCUAACCGAGUGAUUGUAAUGGCCGACAUAUACACUGCUAUAUGGCUUCACUUUUAAAAUUUAUUUGCCAUUUGUAUCUUUUAUGAAAAAUAAAAGGAGCUUUGGUGAUCCAGUAUAAUACGGGGGUUGGCAGACUAUACCUGGGGCCAAAUUUGGUCCACCACAUAUUUUUCUGCUGCCUGCAAAGAAUGUUUACAUUUUUAGAAAACUUAAACAUGAAAUUUCUAUGAAACUAAAAUUUCAGUGUCCACAAAUAAAAGUUUUAUUGAAACCCA